AGUCACAGAUAUAAACAAAACAAAACAUAAAAAAAAAAAAAAAAUGUGUCCAAUAAGUCCUCUCAAAGACGAAGUUCGAGUACCCAUACUCCAAAAUAUCUCCAAAUCACAGAAACUACAAAAAUACUCUGCUCCUCUCUCCAUCUUCACAAAUGAAGCAAUCUCAAUUGGCAAAAUUUCUUUGCCAUUGGUCUUCACGGGUCUUCUCCUUUACAUCCGCUCAUUCAUAUCCAUGUAUUUCCUCGCCGGUAUCGGCGGAGCCACUCUCUCCGGCGGCUCCCUCGCCCUAGCAUUUGCAAACAUCACCGGAUACUCUCUCUUCUCCGGUUUAAACAUGGGAGUUGAAACCAUCUGCGCCCAAGCCUUCGGCGCAAAACGCCAUAAACUCUUCCGGGCUACAAUCCAGCGAGGGAUCAUCCAGCUCCUCUCAGCUUCUAUCCCCGUUGCACUUCUUUGGAUGAACAUCAACAAGAUUCUCGAAAUGUUGAAACAGGACAAGGAUCUUGUGUCUGAAGCUCACACCUUUCUAAUUUACUCUGUUCCAGAUCUCUUCGCUCAAUCUUUCUUACACCCAUUAAGAGCUUCCCUCAGGACGCAGUCAAAGACCAUACCUUUAUCAAUCUGCACAGCGAUCGCGAGUGGUCUUCACUUUCCGAUAACGAAAAUCCUCGUGGUGUAUCUCGACAUGGGGAUUAAAGGCCUUGCCUUUAGUGGGUUUGUUUCAAAUUUCAACCUUGUCGCGUUUCUCUACCUCUACAUCCGUUUCUUCAAGGAGAAGCUAAGUAGCGACGAGGCAGAGGAGGAGGAUGAUUCAAAGGUGGAGUCGUUUGAAGACAGAGUGAGAGAAUGGAAGAAACUCGUCGCUCUAUCGUUACCGAGUUGUGUAUCUGUUUGUCUCGAGUGGUGGUGCUACGAGAUCAUGAUUGUGCUCUGUGGCUAUCUCAUAAACCCUGAAGCAACCGUUGCUUCAAUGGGGAUUCUCAUCCAGAUCACUUCCCUUGUCUACAUUUUCCCGAGCUCGUUGAGUUUCGGAGUCUCGACUCGGGUCGGGAACGAGCUGGGUUCGAACCAGCCACAGAGAGCGAGAAGAGCAGCAAUCGUUGGACUCGGUCUCAGCAUCGCUCUUGGCUUCACGGCUCUGGCCUUCACCGUCUCGGUCAGGAACAGAUGGGCUAAAGUUUUCACGGAGGAUGAGAAAAUCAUUAAACUGACUCUGAUGGCUCUGCCAAUUGUUGGACUUUGUGAGCUCGGAAACUGCCCUCAGACGACGGGAUGCGGCGUUCUAAGAGGGUCGGCGAGGCCGAAGAUAGGAAGUAAAAUCAAUCUUGCGGCGUUUUAUUUGGUUGGCUUGCCGGUGGGAGGGGCUCUUGCGUUUUGGUUUGGGUUAGGAUUUAAGGGACUUUGGCUUGGGAUGCUCGCGGCGCAGAUAUCGUGUGUGAUUGGUAUGAUGGUGGCGACUUGUAGGACUAAUUGGGAUUUGGAGGCGGCAAGGGCUAAGGAGCUCACGGCGGUGAAGGGCGACGGAGGUAGCGGCAGCGACGACGGGGAUGUGGAGGUUGGGAGGUUGCUAGAAGAUCGCUCUGUUUGAUAUGACUUUCUUAUGGAUUAAUUGAUAACUUUCUUCUUUAAUUGGAAUGAAAUCAUUAAGGUGACUAAUGUAAAGUUUGUGAAAUAAUGAUAACAUCCGAGAGGUUCGUCGUUA